CAGUCUUGCAGCCCAGCCCCUGCCUACGGACAUAUAUAGGCCAGGGAAGAAGAGCUGGACACCCAGAGACUGUUGGAGAGCUCCAGCGAGCCUUCUUCUUCAGGUCACCCACACCCUUAGGAUGAAAGCUGUGGUCCUGGCCGUGGCCCUGGUCUUCCUGACAGGGAGCCAGGCUCGGCACUUCUGGCAGCAAGAUGUCCCCCAGACCCCAUGGGACAGAGUGAAGGACUUCGCCACUGUGUAUGUGGAUGCUGUCAAAGAUAGUGGCAGAGAAUAUGUAGCCCAGUUUGAAAGCUCCACCUUGGGCAAACAGCUGAACAUGAAUCUCCUGGAGAACUGGGACACCUUGGGCACGACCAUUGGUCAUCUGCAGGAACAGCUGGGCCCGGUGACUGAAGAGUUCUGGAAAAACCUGGAAAAGGACACAGAUGCAUUAAGGUUGGAGUUGAACAAGGACCUGGAGAAAGUGAAGGAGAAGGUGCAGCCCUACCUGGACCAAUUCCAGGACCAGUGGCAGGAGGAGAUGGAGCUCUACCGCCAGAAGGUGGAGCCUCUGGGCCUCGAGCUGCGCGAGGAGGCGCGCGAGAAGUUGCAGGCCCUGCAAAGUAAGCUGGUCCCUAUAGGCGAGGACAUUCGUGACCGCAUGCGCAUGCGUGUAGACGCGCUGCGCAGAGAUUUUGGUCCCUACAGCGAAAACAUGCGCGAGCACGUGGCCCAGCGCUUGGCAGAGCUCAAGAACAGCCCCACCCUGGCGGACUACCAAACCAAGGCCAGAGAACAACUGAGGGCGCUUGGUGACAAGACCAGACCCGUGCUGGAGGACCUGCGCCAGGGCCUGAUGCCUGUGCUGGAGAGCUUUAAGACCAGAUUCUUGAGUAUUGUCGAAGAGGCCAGCCAGAAGAUUAGCGGCCAGUGAGGCGCCCGCUUCCGCUCCCCACCCCUGCAUUGGCUUUCUUACAAUAAACCUUUCCAAAGUGG